CGAAUUGAAACUUUCAAUCCGGAGACUCUGUGUGUGAUCUUAUCAGCUUCUCAAUCUCCUUCUUCUACUUUCCGAUUUCAAUGGCUGCCAGUAAGAGUUACUUAGCCAGGCAGAACUACCGAUUCCUCGAUCAGAACCACCACCCCCACCACCUCCACAGCCACCACCACCACGACUUCGAACUCGACGAGUCCGACGUCUACGACCGCCACAGCCACCUCCCUGACUCGCCGGAGUUCCGGAAGGUCGGGUCCAGGAUCAACAAGAAGUCAACGGCAACGGCGGCGAAGUCCGCCGCGUCGUCGCUGCCGGUCAACAUACCGGACUGGUCGAAGAUUCUGAAGGAGGAGUACCGCGAGAACCGCCGCAGCAGGGAUCCCUUCGACGACGAGGACGAGGAAUUGGACGGCGGCGGGGACGAUUACGGCAACGGCGGGGUGCCGCCGCACGAGUUCCUGGCGAGGCAGAUGGCGAGGACGAGGAUCGCGUCCUUCUCCGUCCACGAAGGCGUGGGGAGGACUUUGAAAGGGAGGGAUCUGAGUAGGGUCCGGAAUGCAAUUUGGGAGAAAACUAGGUUCCAAGACUGAAAUUUUCCAUUUCCCUUUUUUUUUUUGAACUAAUUAGAGGGGGAAUAAUUAUUAACUUGCAUU